CCAAGAUCCAGGUGCGUGGUGCGCCAAGUCGCACACUAUUAUUUCCUCCGUGUCGCAAACCGAAACCCAUCUCUGAUAUUAACGCUACCCUGAGAACCGAAUUACUUCUGAUCAUGAAAGAUCAUCUCAGAAAUCCAAAUCCUUAGAACAUUGAAUCAAAGCACCAGAUAUACUAUUCAACAUCUCUAAUUGAUCUCCUCAUCAUCCUUUUUUAAAGAUCUCUUGCACGGAUCUUCAAUUUUUAUCUACUUAAAACCCUAAAAUACUCCACCGAAAACCAUACCGUAUUAAGAAAGUUUGCGUCUAUUCAAAUCGAAAUCAUACUCAAUACUAAAAUUGAUGUUUCAAUUUUAGGUUUUCAGCUGUAAACAACUUAUAGUUAAUGCGAUGGUGGUCUGCAAGUGCCGAAAGGCAACUAAAUUGUACUGCUUCGUGCACAAGGUUCCAGUUUGUGGAGAAUGCAUCUGUUUUCCAGAGCACCAAAUUUGUGUGGUUCGUACAUACUCAGAAUGGGUAAUUGAUGGAGAGUAUGACUGGCCCACAAAGUGCUGCCAUUGUCAAGCUGUGCUUGAAGAAGGUGGUGGCUCUCAAACUACACGUCUGGGAUGCCUGCAUAUCAUACACACUAGUUGCUUAGUUUCAAAUAUUAAAAGCUACCCUCCACACACUGCUCCGGCUGGAUAUGUUUGUCCUCAAUGUUCAACUUCAAUAUGGCCUCCUAAAAGCAUCAAAGAUUCAGGGUCACGUUUACAUUCACAGUUGAAGGAAGCAAUUAUUCAGACUGGAAUGGAGAAGAAUGUGUUUGGAAACAAUCCAGUUUCAUUCCCAAUUCCUGCUAUAUCCUCAGAGCCUUUGACAAAAGAUCCCUCCUCUGUGAAUGGUUCUUCUUCUUCUUCUAAACCUUCAAGCAUAGACAUUGUGGAGAUUGAUGUUCCCAAUUCAGCAAAUCACUCAAGAAGCCCAACUUCUGUUGUUCCUGGGGCUACAACAAGAAAGAGUGCACAACAAGUAGAAAGGCAAAACUCUGAGGUUUCUUAUUAUGCAGAUGAUGAAGAUGCUAAUCGGAAGAAGUACACUAGGAGAGGGACAUUUCGGCAUAAGUUUCUUCGGUCAUUGAUACCAUUUUGGUCAAGUGCAUUGCCAACUUUACCAGUGACUGCACCUCCUAGAAAAGAUGGAAAUACAGAUGAGACUCAGACUCAUAGGCCCCACCAUAGGCCUUCAAGGAUGGAUCCAAGAAAAAUACUUCUGGUUAUAGCAAUCAUGGCGUGUUUAGCGACAAUGGGAAUUCUGUAUUACAGAAUUGCACAACGAGGGUUUGGGGAAGAGGUGGUGGGCCAGGAGGAGGAACAGUGAGGAUAAUUUUAGAGGGUUUUGGUUGUCUGUGUUUCAUCUCAUGAUGGAUGAUAUUAUAAUUUGGAUGAUUAUGAAAAAUGAAAGGAUUGAUUGCACUUGCACAUUGUUUGUUUUGUGGACAGAUAUAUUAGAAGUAUAAUACUGUUUUGUUAAA